AAUCGAUUGUAUUUGGUGCAACUCUUACUUUGUUAAUCCCCUUCCCUAGUGGUUUCCGGCCGGGAGGCGUCGGUCCAGGAGCGGCGCUCCACCUGAAGACUCAUAAAACCCCCGGAUCCAGCUGUCCAUGUUGGGGCCGUCUUAUAAGCAGGGAACUCUUUUAAUGUCUUGCGGUUAGAAAGGUUUGAAACAUAAAGAAGUCCGCGUCACCAUGUAUUUCGGAGGUUUGGGCGAACUCUUAUGUUGAAAGGCCAGAUCGGAAGUAGGGAACGGUUAGUAUAUCUGACAUGCAGUCUUCUCAAAACGGAUCCGCUGUAUUAUAUUUACACACUAAAUAAUGAUCCUAUGUAACGCACCGGCUUGAAGCGAACCCGUCCGAGGUCCGGCUCUGCAGAAGACUGCAGAACGGCUGCUGUGAUGCACGCCUGGCCGACACUGCAUUACAUGUUAGUAACUACACACACGCACUCUCUCCUGGAGAUGUGCUGCUCCGAGUCUCGGUGGACCGAGAUGGCCUACGGACUGUGUUUUAAGGAAGAGAUGUCAUACAAUAUGCUGUGAUUUUAAGAUUGUCUCCAGCUUUGCCCUGGGUCUCAAGAGAGGAGUCUUCCCCACUCAUGGGGACCUGGAGCUGAUAGAGUACAGGGGGUUCCCUCUCUUCCUCCCUCUCCUCUUCCCUCUGCUCCUCCCUCCCUCUCCUCCUCCCCCCACUCCUCCUCCCUCUCCUCCUCCCUCUCCUCCCCCCACUCCUCCUCCCUCUCCUCCUCCCCCCACUCCCCCUCACUCUCGUCGACCCAUGACCAGAAGGGGUCUGUGACCGGGGGGCCGCCAUGCGUGUGACCUUCUGCCAGGGGCUGCUGUCCGGGGCCAUCGUCCUGAACCUCCUCAUCCUGUACUUCGUGUCCCGGGCCCAGCAGCAGAUGAUGGAGAAGCGGAAGGACUUCGGCCGGGGCUCCAGGAGGGCAGGUCUGCAGGCCUCCAACCUGGCGGCGGGUCUGGCGGGGCCCGUGGGCGGGCUGGCGGGGGGCGGAGCGGCCGGGCCGGAGGGGAACAGCCGCGGCCCCCGCGUCACCGUGCUCCUCCGGGAGUUUGAGCACUUUGAGAACUACGUGGGGGAGGUGGCGCGCUCCUUCCUCCGCCUGCGGCCGGAGCUGCCCUUCCUGGCCGUGGCGGACACCCUGCCCUACCCGCCCCUGGAGCUCCCCGAGGGCGGCGCCCGGCUGCUGGUGCUGUACCCCAGCCCCGACCAGCCGCCCCAGGCCCACCGGCCCGAGUUCCACGUGCAGACGGAGUUCGUGCUGCUGGUGCCGGACGGCGUGGAGCUGGAGCAGGGCAGGGCCGUGGAGCGGCUGAUCCGGGAGCUGGAGGGGGAGGGUGGCGGGCCGGUGAGGCUGGUGGCCGCCCCGGUGCAGGCCCGCUCCGCCGCCCAGUGCCUCCACCUGCGGGUCAGCCUGCGGGAGUGGACGGCCACCUACACGGCGGCGGCGGCGGGCAGCAGCGGCAGCGUGUGCACGGCGCUGCAGGGCGACGCGGUGGUGCUGCUGCGCUCGGAGGACCUCUUCAACCUGUCGGUGCCGCUCGGCCGCCCGCUCUUCCCCUCGCUCUUCGUACAGACCUCGCUGCGGGGCUGGAAGGUCAAGCUGCUGGAGAGCCCGCUGUUCUCGGCCCGCCGGCGGCCGCUCUUCAGCUCCGCCCACAACCAGUGGAAGGCGGACUCGGGGCUGCGGGAGGCGGCCGGUCGGCUCAUGAGGGGCUUCGGCCUCAAGCGGCUGCUGCUGCCCGACGGGAAGGAGCAGUGGCACGGCUGCGGCAAGGAGACGGCGCGCUGCUUCGGCACGGUGCACGACGACACGCCCGACUACCUCUACACGGACCGCUGGACGCCGCCCUGCUGCCUGCGCGCGCUCCGAGAGACCGCCAAGUACGUGGUGAACAUCCUGGAGGGCUCGGGCGUGCGCUACUGGCUGGAGGGCGGCAGCCUGCUGGGAGCGGCGCGCCACCAGGACAUCAUCCCCUGGGACUACGACGUGGACCUGGGCGUGUACCUGGAGGACGUGCCCAACUGCGACCAGCUCAAGAACCUGGACUCGGGCUCGCUGGUGGACGCCAAUGGCUACGUGUGGGAGCGCGCCGUGGAGGGGGACUUCUACCGGGUGCAGUACAGCGAGGCCAACCACCUCCACGUCGACCUCUGGCCCUUCUACCCGCGCAACGGCGUGAUGACCAAGGACACCUGGACCGAGCACAAGCAGGACGUGGAGUUCCCCGAGCACUUCCUGCAGCCGCUGGUGCCCAUGCCCUUCGCCGGCAUCACCGCCUACGGCCCCAACAACCCCCGGGCCUUCCUGGAGCUCAAGUUUGGAGAGGGGGUCAUCGAGAACCCCCAGUACCCCAACCCGGCGAGGAAGAGGCUGGACCGCAGCAGGUUAUGAAGAGGGUCUGACCCCCAGUACCCCAACCCAGGGGCAGGAAGGGGCAGGUUAUGAACAGGGUCUGACCCCCAGUACCCCAACCCAGGGGCAGGAAGGGGCAGGUUAUGAACAGGGUCUGACCCCCAGUACCCCAACCCGGGGGCAGGUUAUGAAGAGGGUCUGACCCCCACCCAGUACCCCAACCCGGGGGCAGGAAGGGGCUGGACCGCAGCAGCUUAUGAGCGGGGGGCUAGCCCCCAAACCAGGGCGCCUUCUACCGCCCUGCUGCCGUUCGGUUUGUUUGUUGAACAAUGCAGCGACUCCAGCGCACGUUUUUAAGACUCUUAACUCAAACUAUUUCAUUUUCUACUCUGGUGCCUAAGAGAUGGAUUAUUAAUUAUUAAGAUAGAUGUCUUGCCUGUUGCUUCUUCCCCCGCCAGGCUGGUUUUAGAUCAACACACAGACUGAAUGGACGAGCGUUCAUUACUACACGCUUCACUGCAGCUUUCUUCUAAAGUUCCUGAUUUCUAUGCGUCAUAUUUUAACGGGGCAUUAUACAGUUUAAAAAUGCAUUCUUGCAUUUAUUACGAUUGUAUUGGGCUGUAUUGGUUUCAUGUGGAUUCAAAUGCAGAUGUAUAAAAGCCACAUGUGCUGUACAAUAUAAAGAUUAAUAAGACAAUACCAUGAAUGUGAAUCUCAAUAGAACUUGCAAUGUACAUUAUCUUUAGCAAUAUCUACGGGACGGUACAUACAUUACUCCUUGAAAGUCUGAACUGAAACAUGUUUAAUAAGCCGUUAGCUUAUUUAACAUUAAACACACAUUAACAUUUGCACAAUUAUUUAUGAAUGUAACUUAUCGUAUUUUGAUGCCAUUUAUUUCAUGGAGUCUCAUGUUAUCGUGUUAGUCCAUCCAGUAAACAGUGUUGACCAUGUGUGCUUGUGUGUUUAAUACUACUGAGCAUGAAUCCUUCAAAAGACACCAGCACUGAGCAGCAACAUAAGCGUUACCCGUGUGUGUGUGUUAUGUUGUUAAGUGAGUCCAUACCCUUUUUUGUUGACUGACAAUAAAAGUUUUAACAGUG